CGUGGUUUAUCCGCUUCAGCCUCAGCUUCUGCCUCCGCCUCAGCGUCCGAAGAAGAGGGACCCGGCGGAGGGUGUUUUGGCUGCGAGACAGCCGCAAGUGGUAGCGGUGGAGCUGUUGGUGCUGGUGCCGUAGGUGGUACCGGGGGUGGUAGUGGCGACAGGCUAUUGAUGCCGUCGAUGCUACUACAGUCUGCUCCAACGUCCGACAAUCUGAAUGGAUCGGUACGAUCUGGAGAUCGUGAAUGCGAUAUAUCAAUGACUUCGGCAAUAGAUACAGGGUGCGAUGCGGUUGGGGGGCCCGAGGACGAUCCGCAGGGUGUGCUCAAUUCAGUGCUUGCCAACUCUCCGGAGGAGAUUGAGCGUAUCAUCGACCUCCCCUACUCCAUAGAAGCACUGCGCUCCCUUGUUCAGGGUUACUGUCCUCCCAGCUACUUUCCUACCCUUGUCAGCAAGAUGGACCUUUACUGUGCCUACAAAGUAAGUAAUCUUAUCUUAGGAGACCUUCCUUUUUCCGCAACUACUUUCAAUCUACUGAAAUAA